AUGAUGCUGCUGCUCCUGAUCCUGUUGGCCUUUCCUCUGCCCUCCAGGACCUUCAUAGUGAUCAAAAGGGGCACUGAAGCCAGACCACACUCAAGACCCUACAUGGCAUUUAUAAGGUUCAUUAAUGACAACCAUUUAUGGAGACGUUGUGGAGGGUUCCUGGUGCGAGAAGACUUUGUGAUGACAGCAGCUCACUGUCAUGGAAGAAAUAUGUGUGUCAUUCUGGGAGCUCAAAAUAUCAAGAUAAAGGAAGCAACCAGGCAGAGCAUCCCUGUGCUUCAAGCCUUUCCUCACCCAGAGCAUAGCAACAUUUCACGUUUCAAUGACCUCAUGCUACUGAAGUUGAAAUGGAAGGCUCACCUGAACUCAGCUGUGAAGACCAUAGCCCUACCACAGAGCCAGGACUUGGUGGGGCCAAAUGAGGUGUGCAAUGUGGCAGGCUGGGGAGUUUUAGCUAAUGGCAAUUGUUCAGACACACUCCAGGAAGCAGAUCUGGAAGUACAGCACAAACAGACUUGUGAGAAUGUCACCAAAUAUUACAAUAACUCCAUCCAACUGUGUGUAGGGAAUCCUCUACACAGGAUGAGAGCAGGAAGGGGCGACUCUGGGGGACCCUUGGUGUGUAAAAACGUGGCCCAGGGCAUUAUCAGCUAUGGAUAUAAGAAGAAAAUUCCUAUGAUCUUCACCAGAAUCUCCAGCUUUGUUCCCUGGAUACACAAAAUAAUGAAUGUAUCCUAG